UUCGCGCGGUUAUUUGGACUGAAAAUAAUCAAAAUUAGUGAAAAGUCAGAAAACAUUGAAUGAUAAAAUGUUAAUCUUUCUAAGAUAUAUCUUUCAUUAGUUGCAAAACGUGUACUGUGAAAUGUUUCUCAAAAAUGGAUUUGAAUGAUUUAUGCUGCACUUACUUAGUGGCUUUCGCACAAAAAAAUCAGCAUGAAAAAUGAUACGAAAAAAGGUGGCACCAGUCCGAAGGGACGACGAAAGCUGAACUUUGUGGAGAAGAAAGAAAAGCUACCGUUGAAUGGAAAAUCCAUAUUUGUAGAUGUUAAGGAAAAGUCGCAAUGUCGGUCAAUCAAAGAAGACAUCAAAAGACUUGGAGCGAGGGCUGAUGAGUUUUUCCACAAAGAUAUCAAUUAUGUCAUUACCAGUAACCGUACAUCGAAACCUGACAAACGUGAACCCUUCCAGUCACCUGAGAGUCCAUCUAUCGUCUCCACUCCUAGUCCAUUUAACUGUGGUCCAUCUCCUUCCCCUGCCUCUGGAUCCAUACCUCCACCAGAGUCAGUUACCAGAGGGAAAGCUAUUGCAAAAAGAGCUGUCACUAAAGAGACAAAUCCUGUGUUGACUAAUGCUGAAAACUGGGGAAUUAAGAUCAUAACUUUAGAUGUGGCUUUGAAGUGGAUCCAGCGAGAAAUUUCCAAACUUCCUCCAGUGAAUACUAAUAUUAAGACCAAAGGAAGCAAUCUUCGUGGAAGUUACAAAGUCAAGAAACUUAAGUCCCCUUACCUGAAACUUGAAUCCACAACAAGACAGUACAAGGUGGUGUACCAGCAGGUGGACCUUUGGCCUCAUGCUAAUGUGGAGACUCCACGGGGCACCUGCCCAUUUGAUGGGACCUCGCUUGGAGGGGAGAGGUCGAGGGAGGAGAGGGGGGACAGGAUAGGCCUGAUUCCUCUAGAACCUGCUAAAACUCCAACCACAAAAUCUAAACACAAGGAGUCGACCAAAACACAGGAGAGUUCAAAGUCCUCACACAAAAAACAACGUCUUAAUUCCAGCAUUGUAGGAGGCGUUCGCAUUGUCACUGCUGGUGAACUGCGCCGAAGAAAGGAAAUGAAACGACUCCAAGAGAAGAAGAAAGGCUAUUGUGAAUGCUGUGAAACUAAAUACGACAAUUUGACAAAACAUGUGACAGAAGAACAACACAAAGAGUUCAUCAGGGAAAAGAAACAUUACCAUGCUUUGGACUCUCUAAUUAACUCGGGUCCUAAUGAGGCAACAUUCUUGCAACGUGUUUUGCAGCAGCACUGUAGCAUUGUCAGUGGAUCUCAUAGAAGAGAGGGAAAGUGCAGAAAGGAAACGACAGUUAAAUCUACGCCCAGAAAUUUGCAAAAUUCCUCCAAAAAAACAACAAUCAAGAUUGUUAAUUCGGAAGUACAGCGCAGAAGCAGUCGUAGUCCCAAGGAAAUCUGGCUUAAAGCAAAUGAAAAUGAUCAAAGCAAAUUGCUUAAAGACAACAUGGAGCAUGAAAUACGAAAAAACAGACAAGUUCGAAGAAGUGCUGAUAUUGACAUGCAACUUGAGAAGCACUAUGUGCCAGCGAGGACUAGGAAUUUUUUAUUUAUUCAGGGAUCAUCUAAUCAAGUCAGUGAAACAAAGGUUUUAGAAAAAAGUGAUGUGAAAAGUACUUGUUCACAUAAAAAAACAAAAGAAUUUGAUAAAGAUAGUGAACAAUCUGUAAUGGCUAAGAUGGAAAAUGAAGGGCCUGUUUGUGUGAAACAUUUGAAAAACAGUGCUGAAAAGAAUUUGGAGCAAAGUUCCCUCUGUUUCAUGCAUUUAAAUUCUUUAUCUAAAAAUGAAAAAGUAAUAAGCAAUAUUUCCCUAAAAAGUGAUCUCUUGCUAAAAACACAUUCUGAAAAGACAUGCAGGUCUCCCCUCAAAAUCGAAGCUUCCUUUGAGCAAUCUCCUGUGUUACAAUGCAAUUUAAGAAAAAAAACAUUUUUGUCAGAAAAGUCUUCUGAGAAGAAAAGCACUCGGACACAAUUGAAUGAAGAAGAGUGUGUCUUAGAAAGGAGAGUUGGAACUGUGAAAAAGACAGAUGUCUUUGAAAAGGAAAAAAGCUUGAACAAUGAAAAAUUCUUGGUAAAGAAAUCUCCAAGGCGUUCCUCUCGAUUCCAACUUGUGAACAUGGAAGGUAGACCCGAUGAAGAAACAGAUGAAAACAUAAUAGCCGAGACUUCAGAUAAAAUGGCACUUGAAGAAAAUUUAAACAAUAGAGUUUCUGAGGAUACAAUGCUGACAGGAUCAGCAAACUUGAAACAACCAACAUGUAUGCAGAAAAAAGUGAAGAUGGAUGAACAAAAUAGCGACCAAAUCUGUAAAUUGCAAAAAACCAAUGAAGAAACUUGUCAAGAUGUCAAGUAUUCUAAAAGAUUACGAAAAUCAAUACGAUGCAUUUCAGAUGAAGAUUUACAAGACAAAUGUGACUUGAAGAAGCUUGCACAAAAUAGAAAAGAGGAUGCAGAUAUUAAAGAGGACAGUAUGAUAUUAAGGAGAGAAUCAGCUAAAGGAAAGUCUUCAGGAAAGACUGAAAAAGAUUUCAUUUGUGAUGAAGAAGAAGAACAAUUGACAGAAAAUAAAGAGACUUCUGUAGUAAGUGAUGAAGAUUUUAUUAGAGAGGAAGAGGCAAAAUAUGAACAAAAAACUGAAUUAAAAACAAUGGAUUUGGAAUUGAAUGUCAGUCAUUCUUCCCAACUCCCUAGCAAAAUUUGUCUCUCUCGAAAUCAAGAACGCAUUACCAACGAAAAAUGUGAAUUACAAAAUACUUGUGCAAGUAUGAAAAUUCCUUUGACUGUGGAAAUUCCCAAGGACAAAGACGAUACAAUAGAGGCAGAUGUAGAGAAAUCUCUGUGUUACAUAGAUAGAGUUCACCGUUUACGGUCCACAAAUCAGAGACAAUCUAUUGUUGACCGUGAGCUGAAAGACAUAACAACAAAAGUGCAAGAAAAGAACUCGUGCUCAAAUAGUUCUUUAGUGUGGGAUGGCAAAGGACAAAACAAUUUGAGUGCUUCCCCCUCGUUUUAUACAUCUCCCAAAAAGAUCAACUCUUCAACUCCAAAGAAAAAAAAUGGCUUAAAUAAAGUGGAACAAACCACCCCCAUUGUUGCCAGUCCAAAAAGUGGGUUAAGCAUGACACCAAGGUCAAAUAAAAGGAAGCGGUGGAACAAAAGAAGGAAUUCAAAAUGUAUUGAGGAGAACUUCAGUACUUCAAAACCAAGAAAACUACAAAAACUUAAGUAUCCAACUGCUAGCAAGAAAACACCAGAGAAACUUUCUGGUAGUGGUAAAGAAAGUGAAAAAGAUUCCCAAAGUAUUGAGUCUGUUCUUUCAGAUGGAGUUCAUUCAAAACAGAUAUCACACAAAAAGCAAUCAAAUUUAAAAAGACAGAUUAUUCAAGCUGUGGAGAAAGACAUCAGCAAGGACAAUGGUAAAUCACUUGUGAGAACUCCCAAGUCAAAGUCACCUUCAAGACUUUCAAAAUGUGUAACUCCUCGUGGAAUGUCAUCACCUUUGAUCUGGAGAAAUGCCAAAGGCAGUACUCCUAAAGGUAAAAAGAGAAUAAGACUGAAUGGCAGCUGGUCUGUGUUGAGUGAUAGGAGUGUCAAUAAACUUUUGCAUGAUAGUGACUCGGAGUCAAACUUUGAAGGAUUUGAAAAAGGAGAUUUAACUAGACAUAGCUCACUUUGUAGCGAUGCAUCAUUUGUUGAAAUAAAUGAAGUGGAGCUUGAAGAAAAUUCUGAUCAUGAAUGGGAGAUAGAGCAAGAGAAAGCAGAGGUAAAUGUACCUGAAAAUGAAGCCAUAGAUGUAUUACCAGAAAUAUUUUCCUCCCCUGGCAAACGAUCUGACUCUUCAUGGGAUACUGGUUUUGUGGACUUCAUAGAUACUCAAUUCUCAAAUCGACAAAUGUCUUUCAGGACUAAGUCUGCGUGUCAAGAAGAGGAAUCAUUAGCAGAACCACUUGGUUCCCCUUUGCGAAGAAAAAGACUUCAAUCAAUUCCUGAAAGUUUAACAGAAAAUCAACUUAACAGAACAAAGAAAAGAAGAAAGUUGGACGAUGGUGAUGAGUUUCAGUGUUUUUUGGUCAGUGAUAAAGCAGCUCAGAUUGAUGAAGAUAUUCAGUUCAAUUUCUCAAGUCCAAAUAAACGCAAAACUAGAGGACCUAAGUACAAAAUUAGAAACAGACAGAGAAAGUCUCUGGACUACAGGUCAUCCUUAGAAUGUAUGGAUGUGAAACAAAAAAAGCAGAAAAGCUUCGUAAAUUCUGAUAGAAAAGUAAAAUUUCGAAAGCAAGAUGGAACUGAAUAUCAGGAUCUGGAAAAAAAUCAGUCAUCAUUAAAAGGUAACAGUGGCAGAAAUUUGGACCAUAUUGAUGUCACAAAGAAAGAAGACAAUACAGCUGGUACUGAUACUCGUAGUGAGAAACAUUUGUCCACCAAAAAUAAUCAGAAAUCUAAAAAUUUCAAACGUCAUGAAAAACAAUCCACAGAUUUCCCUUGUCUUUCACCAAAAAAUCAAAGGGAUGCAAUACACUCCUCUUCCCCUGGUAUCAACUGUUCCACGAAAAAACUUCGAAGUAGAAAAAAUUGAGGUUAGGGCAGAAAGUAACAAACAAUCUCAAUCUUUUGCAUCCAUUCAUAUUUUGGCCAUAUUUAAGAUAUGAUAUUUCUUUGCAUGGCUAUGAUGGUAACAGCGAGUGUGACUUGCACUUGUACCAUGAUAAACAAGUACUGUAGAAUGAAGUCCAGAUGAUUUGUAUCCACUAAUUAUAACACGUUAACCAUGCAACUUGUAUAUUAAUAUAGAAAUAUAUAAAGAUAGGUUUUAUUUUUUGUUCAAAUUUGUGCAUAUCUGUUUUUAAAUCUUUAUGAUAACUACAUAUAUUUAUUAAAAGUAGAAAAACCAA